UUCCUCACCCAUGAAACGAUACUUUACUGCAAAGAUGGGUGUUCUACAAGUACUUUGUUUUAUUCUUUCUAUGUUUGUGUAUGGAACAUUUGGUGAUUUAUCUUUAAUUAAAAACGAAGCUUCUGAUAAAAAUGGUUUGCUCUCUAGUACUGUAUCCGGUAAGGCUUCCAAUGUCUUACGUGACAUUCUGAAUCAGGAAAGUCUGGUCCGCUUCUCUAUGGUUCAGAAAAUACAAAAUCUGGUAAUGGAUGCCGCGGACAGUAAAAACGACAGACAAGUUAUAAAGGCGAAACUUAGUGAAAUGGCAAAGGACUUACGGAACUUGGAGACGAAAAGCCAAAUAUUGGAGAAUACAAUAAAGGAAAUGAAGGUUCUAAAUGAAUCUCAAUCAGUCUCUACCAAAAUCCCCGAAAUUGAGGAACUCAAAUACCAAAUAAAUGAAAUGAACGUAACGUUACAGAAGUGCAGUGUGAACGGUCUUUUGGAACGUUAUAAAUAUACAGAGAACGCUUCAGGAAGAUCUGUGAAUGAAACUCUGCAAGCUGUUUGUAGGGAUCUGAAUGAAUCCAACUGGAUCUUGUCAAAAGUGCUUCCAAAGGAUUGUUGGGACAUUUUGCAGAAAUACCCAAGUUUAGAAGGAAGGGACGGGGUAUACAGGAUAUCCGUGGCCUAUGAAGUAAAGUCUGUUUACUGUGACAUGAGAACUGAUGGAGGAGGGUGGACAGUAAUUCAAAGAAGACUGGACAAUUCUACAGACUUUUACAGGACGUGGUCAGAAUAUAAACAAGGAUUUGGGGAUCCCUCUAAAAACUACUGGAUAGGAAAUGACGCAAUCUUCGAAUUAACAAAGAACAAGGACCAGGAACUCCGGGUUGAGCUACAAAGAUUUAAUGGAGACGAAGCAUACGCUCAGUACUCCACAUUUUAUGUCGGAGAUAUGUACAAUAAAUACAAACUCACUGUUUCGGGGUAUUCAGGAACCGCAGGUGACAGUAUGAAUUAUCACAAUGGUUACCGUAGUAAAUUCUCAACUAAAGAUAAGGAUAAUGACGGUGAUA